AUGUUAGGGUGCAAACACACUCGCACAACCGCAUAUCAUUCAGCGGCCAACGGCCUGGUUGAGCGUUUUCAUAGACAACUCAGUGCAGCCCUCAAGGCUCCUCCCGGUUCAGAAUGGCAUGAGGGUCUUCCGCUUGUCCUGUUGGGCAUUCGGAAUACGAUAAAAGCCGACUUGCACACUACACCGGCCGCACUAGCCCUCGGCUGCACGUUACAUCUUCCGGGUGAAUUCGUUUCACCCAAGCCCUAA